GGGUUAUCUUGAUGUGGCAGUAAAUCCAGCAGUACCUUGAAAUUACCUGUGUAUGUUAACUUAUUUUUUUUUUAAAUCUAAAUGAAAAAAAAAUCAUGUACGAUCAGCGCCAAAUAAAUAUAAGCGUUGACAGGAAGAAAAUCGAUAUUAGUUUAUUAUAAUUCAUACAUUUUCUCUAUCCGCGAAUAUAUCUAAUAUUCAUUUAAAGUUGAUUGUACGCAUACAAAAGACGUAAGUAUAGCUUGAUUAGGAACUUAAAAUUUUGUGGAAUAUUAAUGAAGGGUAUAAGGAGAACCAAUUCGUGUGUGCAAUUAAGGUAGUGCACCGAUAGCAAAUUAGUAAAUCUUAUAGAUAGCGCCCAAAAAUAUUAGAUUAGAACAUUAAAAAGGGAAAAAGGCUUCCUUUCCGUUCUGUUAUAGUUGAGGUUUUAUAUAUUACAAUUUCAUCUACUUCCAUACAUCAACUACACCAGUCAUUAGAGAUAUACCUAAUGGCGGCUGUACACUCACGUCGAGGGAUGGGGAGCCUAGGCGAGCGCCAGAGUGUACAGGGCACACUCGUUCUGUCUCACGAUGCCUCGCAGUCCCUCUUGGGCUCUCCAUUCGGUGCCGGUUUUUUGAGCGCGAUCAAAGGGCCUCGCUUCCCUCCGCGAGGCGACGCAAAUGCAUCACUGUAUACUCUCGCAGGCUUUCCUAUCGAUGAGUCAAAAAAAAGAAGCUUUCGCUUAUGGCAACGUCCAGAGGGCACAUACGGGACAUCAAUGCUUCUUUGAAAUCUGGUGCAGGGUGUGAUGAAGUUGACAAACCAACUUGGUUUGCUUUCGAAUGAAUGAAUUCGUUUUUGGGACAUUUAUACAAAUGUAAAGGAACAGUAAACACUGUAAACCAAGUAACAGCUGCCGUAACCUGUAACGCGUCCAUCUUCUCGGCGUUCGCAAAGCGUACUGAAUAAAGGAGAGUGUACAAGGUCACGUUCGUCCCUCCACCUUACGCGCGAGAGCACUCGACGAUACAUCGCGAAAGCACUCGCAUGAGAGUAUACAGCCGCCAUAAAAUUUUUAAAUUCACCACACUUCACUCCAUUAACAAUUGCUACAAAUUCAUGUUAUACCCACUUGGUACGCUAGCGCUAUUGUAUUUGUGGGGAGUUUUUGAGUUGUAAUUUACUGGUCACCGCUAGACAUUUUUACAAAUUUUUACCCAUUUAAAAUGGUGCUUCUUACCUUUACCCUCCAUACGGUAAUGAUACCGUAAAAUGGGGUGAAAGCAUUUUUUUAUCAUAAUUCCUACUCCACUUACCAUCAGGUGCAGUGAGGUAACUAUGCCGUGCACCUAUGCAAGACUACCUGCAAAUGGAUUUAAAUAGAUUGUGCCUCCCUGAAGUCCCAACUCGGAAUACUUUGAUACUGAACCUAGAGCAAGCUACUAUAGAUUUCAGUGUCGGCUGUCGGUGCAACGGCCGCGGCCGUGGCGGACAGUGAGAAUUCGGCAGUGGCGGGGGGCGUCGGCCUCACCGUGAGUAGCAAGGUAUAUCCAAGCCCGGGGGCGGCCCGCGGCGUGUGGGCCCUGCCGCAGCCGCCCCCAUGCACGAUGGCCGCAGAGGAGGCUUUGCCCCCUUGCUCGCCUAUAUCACCCGAGGCACCGGCCGCUCCGCCUCGGACUAUUACAAGUCUCCACCAACAAUCUGAUUUACACCAACUGAUUUUUGAAGCUGUUCGGUCAGGUGAAGUGUCGGAAAUCGAGCGUCUCGUUGAGAAACUUGGCGUCGAAGUCUUAAGUGCUCGCGAUCAGCAUGGUUACACGCCAGCUCAUUGGGCGGCAUUGGAUGGUAGCGUUGCCGUGAUGCGGUACCUUGUUGAAAGAGGAGCUCCAAUCGACUUAUCUUGCCUUGGUACACAGGGUCCACGGCCAAUACAUUGGGCUUGUCGGAAAGGACACGCUUCUAUAGUUCAAGUACUACUACAGUCGGGGGUUGCAGUAAACGCAGCGGAUUUUAAAGGUCUGACUCCUCUUAUGACAGCAUGCAUGUACGGUAAAACAGCAACUGCAGCGUAUCUUCUCGGAAUGGGUGCAGCUACAAGGCUCUCCGAUAUCAAUGGCGACACGGCAUUGCAUUGGGCGGCAUACAAAGGACAUGCUGAUUUAGUCCGCCUUUUGAUUUAUUCUGGAGUUCCAUUACAUUGCAGAGAUAACUUUGGAUCGACUCCUUUACAUUUGGCAUGUCUGUCUGGUAAUUUAACGUGCGUCAGAUUGCUUUGUGAAAAGGUUAAAGCUGAGCUGGAACCACGCGACAAGAAUGGAAAAACUCCUCUCAUGCUUGCUCAAAGCCACAGACACUUGGAGGUGGUCAAACUGUUACAAAAAGAAAUGAAACGGAAAGCGCACUGGAUUCCACCACUCUCUGAACUCUGGGCUGUGGUGUUCGGAGGCGCUGGAGAUUCCAAAGGACCCCUGUUAUUUUUCCUAAUAUCGGUGUUAUUAUGGGGAUAUCCUAUGUACGUGUUACGAUGCGUGUCAUUAACAUGGAAUACUUUACGACUUUCACACUAUUGCUUUCUCUACUGGAAUGCUAUUAUGUGGAUAAGCUGGAUUAUAGCUAAUCGCCGCGAUCCAGGUUACAUUCCACAGAACUCGGAAACCUACUACAGGGCCAUAAGACAAAUACCGUAUUAUGACAAGUGGAAGAAGAGAAAUGUUAUACUUUCACGGCUUUGUCACACUUGCCGAUGUCUUCGACCACUCAGAGCUAAACAUUGCCGCAUCUGCAAGCGCUGUGUGGCUUAUUUCGAUCACCACUGCCCUUUUAUUUACAACUGCGUUGGAGUUCGAAACAGAAUGUGGUUUUUCCUGUUUGUGAUGAGUGUCGCUAUCAAUUGCACUCUUUCCAUCUACUUCGCAUGCUACUGCCUUUUGCUGGAAGGUUUCGGACUUCUUUAUGUAUUGGGAUUGCUGGAAGCGAUUACAUUUUGCGCUUUAGGCUGGAUUUUAACAUGUACUUCAAUUUUACACGCAUGUAUGAACUUGACUACUAAUGAAAUGUUCAAUUACAAGAGAUAUCCUUAUCUGAGGGAUAAAAGGGGCCGAUAUCAAAAUCCGUUUUCUAGAGGCCCGAUUAUGAAUUUAAUCGAGUUUUUUGUCUGCCUGCCUGAUAAAUGCGAUGAACAGGAUAUUUUCCAUGAAGAAAGCAUAUGAUAUGAAAAUAUGCUAUGACAAAGCGACGCAAGCUUGACUAGAAAAAGAACUCAAGGCGACACUAAACCACCAUUACCAACUUGAAUUAUAUUAUUAAUAUUUAAAAAAAUAAUGAUAUGAAAAAUUUAAUCCAGCUAUUGUUAAUUAACGCUCUUGAAAUAAAACAUUGCAUUAUCAAUUAAAGAUAUAUUAUAUAGGCCUACACGCAGUUCAAAUAUUUACUUGUGGCCCUGAGUAUGUCUGCCAGUUGUUACAGCAUUUGAGGGUACCUACUUAUGUAAGAAAUAAAUAAAUACAAUUAUGUGUCGAAUAAGGCUUCCGCAGGGUUUUAAACCAUGGAUUGCCCAAAUGGUCCAGAUGGACCCCCAGGGUUCCACGGGAGACUUGAUGGAGGUCUACGUUGGCCUGACUAAGAUAUGGGGGUCCACAAUUCGAAAGCGAAGAUCUACGAAAAUAUAUCUGGUUGGAUAGUAAAGCACUAAAAUGUUGGCUUGACUUCACUUAUCAAUGUAGGCAGAUAAUAUUGAUAGGGGUCGUAACAGGCACGGAUCCAGAUGCCCUUCGCGAUGGCUGGGCAGCAGUUGUAACGCCCUUUCUCUGAUAAUUAUAAUUCAGAGUAUGGCUAUAUUCUUGUAUAAUUAGCAUUAUUUUGAUGUAAGUACAGUGUAAAUAGGUAUAUAUUUUACUUAGAUACCUAUACGUUUGAUUGAACUACCAAGAUCAAUCAGGUUUCAAGAAUUUUCCAUUAGCGGUGUUACACUUGAAUGCUAGAUUAUGCUUAACAUCAAACACAAUUUAUGGUAUUUGACAAUUUUUGUUCAAUAAAAAUAUUUAAACAUU